ACACACACACACACUCAACAUGGGCGAGCGGGGACGGUGCAUCAGCUGAACACCAUCUCACACAGCUCCAAACACACACCAUCUCCAACUCGUGUGCGCGCGUGCGCGUUUCUGUGUGUGUGUGUGUGUGUGUGUGGAUGUAUGUUUGCGUGUAUGUAUGUGUAUGUGUGUGCGUGCGUCUGUUUGGACUCAUCCGGAGCUGCUGAGGAGCGUCGCCGUCUUUUUUCACACACACACAACACACACUGAGUCCAAUGCUGGAGGCGCAAAGUAAAGUGUCCGCAGGGUCAGUGAUGGAGUUCACCACCGAAGAGGAUUUAGAGGAGCUGUGUCCUGUCUGCGGAGACAAAGUGUCCGGUUACCACUACGGCCUGCUCACGUGCGAGAGCUGCAAGGGCUUUUUUAAGCGCACGGUGCAGAAUAAUAAGAGCUACACCUGUAACCAGAAUCAGGACUGCGGCAUCGACAAGACGCAGCGCAAGAGAUGUCCUUUCUGUCGCUUCCAGAAGUGCCUCAGUGUCGGCAUGAGGUUAGAAGCGGUUCGCGCUGACCGUAUGCGAGGAGGGAGGAACAAGUUUGGCCCCAUGUACAAACGAGACCGCGCUCUGAAGCAGCAGAAGAGAGCUCUGAUCCGAGCAAGCGCUUUCAAAUUGGAGCCCAACCCACCGCUAGUCCACUCCAACCAGGGAGAGUAUCCAUUCCCAAGCUCAAUGCCUGGCCUGCUGCCCCCUCUCGGCCCUCCAGACUACGAAUGCCCGCCUGCGUGCCCCCCCUCUUUAGGGGUGGCCCUGCACAGCUACGGAUCCUUCCCCGCCCAGUAUCAGUACACCAGCCCGAUUGUGCCCGGGAGAUCAAUCAAGGCAGAGCAUCCAGACCCGUAUUCCGGUUCUCCGGACUCGUCUCUUGGGUAUCCGUACACAGAAGGCUGCAUUCCCGCCUCACCACAGACCAGCCCUCUGAACCCAGCCGUGCCCUCACUGGUCCUGGAGCUGCUUAGCUGCGAGCCUGAUGAGGAGCAGGUGAGAGCGAAGAUCUGCGCCUACCUGCAGCAGGAGCAGAGUGGGCGUGGCAAGCUAGACAAACCCCGCCCCUCCAACUUGCUCUGCGUGAUGGCGGACCAGACGCUGUUCUCGGUCGUAGAAUGGGCACGAAGCUGUAUCUUCUUCAAGGAGCUUAAGGUUGGAGAUCAGAUGCAACUGCUGCAUAACUGCUGGAGUGAGCUCCUGCUUCUGGAUCACGUCUUUAGACAGGUGCAUCAUGGGAGAGACAAUACACUUCUACUCAUCACUGGCCAAGAGGUGGAGCUAGCGGGCGUGGUGUCUGACUCAGGUCUCACUCUCUCGAGUCUCGUCCAGAGGGGACAGGAACUAGCGCGGAGGCUGCAGCUGCUCCAGGUGGACCGUCGUGAGAUGGCCUGCAUCAAGUUCCUCAUCCUCUUCAAUCCCAACGUGAAGCUCCUGGAGAACCAGGCUCUGGUGGAGAGCGUUCAGGAGCAGGUGAACAGUGCGCUGCUGGAAUACACACUCACCUCGUACCCUCAGCACGUGGACAGGUUCAGUCAGCUGGUGCUGCGGCUGCCGGAGGUCCGAGUCCUGAGUGCCCAGGCCGAGGAGUACCUGAGCUCCAAGCACCUGAGCGGAGACGUUCCCUGCAACAACCUGCUCAUCGAGAUGCUGCAUGCCAAGAGAGCCACCACCAUCUGAACCAGAGGUCUGUGUGUGUGUGUGUGUGUGUGUGUGUGCGCGUUGGAUCACCACCGAGCUGCGAAAGCUAAAGGACACUGAGAGCUUUUCUAUUUCUUAAGUGCUAUUAACUCCAUAUCUGAUGUCGUUCAUGCAUCGUGUGUGGCUAGUAGGCAUGUGCCAUCCUUAGUUGCCAUGGAAACCAAUCCAUGAUAUCGUUACGAUAUUAAAAUGCCAGGCGACGAUGCUUUCCGUCCCGCUGAACAUGAAACACGGGAUUGAGGACACACGCCUUCGCUCUUUACCCUGGCCGAAAACACUGUUAAGCCGUUUCCAUGGUAACGACAUAUAACCUAUAUCGCGAUAGGCCGUAUUACUGAUUAUCGGCACAUGCCUAGUGGCAAGAUAUCAUUUCCACUUUGGAGAGUACAAUUUGCUGAUCGUUAUAUAGCCACUGUGAGUUCCUUAUCUUUUUUUGUAGUAUUAUUAUGGAGUGUUAUAUGUUUUAUCGAACACCUUUCACAUCAGCGCUUCGUUCUGGACUAAUAUUUCAUUUCCAUUGCUUUUCCUUUAAGAGCGAUAAUGUAAUUACGGUUACUUACAGUAUUUUAUCGUCGCUAAACAAGCCCCCCCCCCCCUACAUGACAAGUUUUCAGACCAGACGUCGUCGAUGUGCAGUGAACUGAGCUGUGAAGAAAGAAUAUUUUUGACACAAAGUGAACAGUUUUUGAAAAUUCCUGCAUUCAUUUCCCAUUCAAGCUCAGGCCGCCGGAGAACGCGUGUAUUUUGUGCGGCUCACUUUGCAAAAUGUUUGCAGACUCUUUAUUUCAAAAACCGAUGCGUGUACACGAGGGCAAUUUGCUAGGCAUUUUCUUUCAGUGGUUUUGACUGGAGGUUCAAUAUCGCAAGGUUUCUCAGAUUUUAUUUGUAAUUUCAUGUGUAGGGACGAUGGAUUCGUACAAUGCUAUAAUGGCUUGCUUUGUUUUGUUUGGUUUUGUUUUUUGUUUUUCAGAUUAAAAUUUUAUUUUUUCAGACACACAAUUCUACACAGCAAGACAUGAAAUGAAACACUUUUUACGACUGUCCGCGUAAUAAAAAAAAAGAGUCAAAAUAAAAAUAAAUUCAAUAACAGAAUUUAAUUUAAAAUAAAAUUAAAUUAAAUUAAAUUAGCUGUUAAAAUAUAAAAAAUACAAGCAUAUGAAUACAAUGACCGAUGAUAUAAAUAUGAAUACAGUGGUAUAAAUUCAGCUUGAAAUCCAUGUCCUCUUAUAUUGGAAAUAUACAUGUUAUUUAUUUAUUUUCUUUGCAUAAAAUUUGAUUUUUAAUCAUUUCUGAGCAAUUUCUGAAUUUCUGAAAUCCUCUCGGCUCACCUGGUUUUUGUAGCUCGACCCGUGAUAUACUGUGAAUAAGUGCUAUAGAGUUUGUUAUUAAUAUAAUUCUAAUUUACAUACUGACAUAAAUUUAUGAAAAAUCACGAGAAGUAAAUGCCCUUUUCAAAAAAUGUUAAAUAUCAGCACCUUUCUUGUCAUUGUCUGAGUGCUUCUGUAAUCUGUUCGAGUUUUAUUUUUAUUUAUAACUUUCCUUUAAAUUAGUUUUUUUUCCCCCAAAAAUAAAUGCUUGUUAGUGAUUUUAUUAUUGAUUUUUUCCCCUUUUUUGAGUUUAUUUACAUCCCACUGAUUUUUGAGUUUAUUUACAUGCCACUGAAUUCACCAAAAUUUUGCUGUAUAUCUGUAACUAAUGGUAGACAAUUAAAAAGUUGUAUCUGCUUUGACCUCAAAAUGUUGGAUUUAUAAAAUCGUAAAAACUGCUACAAUUCCCCAAUCUCAAAAAUGUAAUAUUUACUGCUCCAUGGGAUGUUAAAUGUUUCUUGAAUGAAUCUUUUAUGUCAUGGCUUAGUUCUGGAUUUUAUGAGAUCUUCACUGCUUUGAGUCAGAGCUAUAAGAGAAUGAGCAAAACCAAAUACAGAAAAGAAAUUUUUCCCUUUUUAUUUACUUUAUUUAUCUAAAAAAGUAAUGUAUUUUUCGCCUCUCGUCUCUUUCAUGCGAAUGCUGUGAGUGAGCUUCGGCUUUAACUUUGUCCUUGUUGAACAGUUUUUUUUUUUUAUUUUGGACAUAUUUUAUUUUAUUUUAUUUUAUUUUAUUUUAUUUUAUUUUAUUUUAUUUUAUUUUAUUUUAUUUUAUUUUAUUGAGCAGAAGCUUCCUCGCUUUCUCGGGUCAUUCUGACACCUGAAUAUUUGUCCCUUUUAAUCCUCAGUAGGACUGAAAUAUUAUAUUAUAUAAUAUUUCCUCUGUGUGUAUGGGAAGUGCACAUAAAAAGUUUUUGGAAGUGUUAUUGCAUCAUAAAAGAAAUCAGCCAAUCAGGUUCCAGUAUGCAAAUGCACUCCAGUGAACACUAGUAUAAGGUUAGGGGGGAAUUUGUCUAUUCAUAAAUUAAGGAAGUUUUAUUGUAUCUAAAAUUGUUUGCGCUUUUUGUCGAUCUUAAUUAUUUCCUUCAACUGCCAUGUGGAAGAAUCCAUACAGAGAAAAGGUUUUUUUUUUCCAAACACAAUUUUAGUGUAAGAGUUAUAAAUAAAUUUGUUUUCUGCAGAGCUGGUAAACUGAAAAUAAACAUUAUCAGAUAUGUUUAUUUGAUCUUUUUUUGUUUAAAAAAAUUUAAAAAGCUGAAACUCUCACUGCAAAAAUUUAUUGCAUCAUAAAUUAGAAAGGCCAAUCAGGUUCCAGUAUGUAAAUAAACUCCAGAGAGCACUAACUAAAAGAUUUGGGCCAUUUAUCUGUUUUUAAAAUCAGGAUUUUUUUUUUUUUGUUGUAAGUAAAAUUAAAGAAAAUAAUCAAUUACAUAUAUCACAUUUUCAACAAAAAAUAUGAUCAGAUAUGUUUUGUUAUGUGAUCAAAUGGGUUUUUUUUUUCUUUUCAUUUCCCAGGCUUCAUUUUUUAAGAAGGUACAGAUUUCCCAGCAAAUAUGUAUGACAUCAUAAAUGAGAAGAACCAGUCAGGUUCCAGAAUGCAAAUGAACCCCAAGAAACCCUAGUGUAAGAUUAGGGUGCAUUUGUCUGUUCAGGACAAAAUUCAGGAUUUUUUUGUUGUAGGUACAAUUUUAGUUAGCUAAAUAUUUUUUUCUUGAACUGCCUUGUGGAUAAUUUACUACAAAGACAAGUUAUUUUCUGAACUAAAAACUAAUUCAGUCUUUAGGUUUUCUGUAGUUAACCUAAACGUGUAGAAAAAGCUGGAUAAUAUAUUACAUCAUAAAUCAGAAGGGCCAAUCAGGUUCCAGUAUGCAAAUGAUGCACUAAAAGGAACAGUAGUGUAACAGAGAAUGGGGUAUAGAAACAAAAUUCUUUAAAACAAUGUAGGUUUUUGCGCUCAGCUCUUUUAUGACAGAUACGACCUCACUGCUCAGAAAAAGGCAAACUUGCAAUUCUAACGUUAAUAAAACAGAAGGAUGUUCAGCAUAACCGAGCUCACGGCUAUAACCAGGGCGCACGGAGGCGGACGUCAAUCGAUGCGCUGGCGGCGUUUCUGAUUUGAGGAUAUGUGAUUGCGGAUCCUUUCUCAACUGCCGCCCAUUAUUUCAUCAACCACCUGCGCAUCCUUUUCAACCCGUCUCUCUCUCUCUCUCUCUCUCUCUCUUU